GUACUGACACCCGUCAAACCAAAGGAUAACGUUUCUUGUCAACGAAGCGUGGAAAGAGGCAAAUAUCACCACUUGCACGAGAAAUUUCCAAAGUGUUUUCUUAAGAAAAAUUGAAUAUUUCAUCUUUUUGAAUCACUAACUGUUAAGCCGUAGAGCAGUUUGUUAUCAUCCUUCCAGAUAAGUAAUUGUUUUAUAUUUGAAUUUUCAAUGAAUGUUUACGAUGAACUAGAGUUGAACUUCAUCAAAAGAAGCGGUUCGUUUGCAUAGACACAAUCAGUACUUACGCGAAUAGAAACAUACAACAAAUUGUGUGGAUUUGAAAUGGUUAAAAAACAGGGUAGUAGAAACUUAGGUAAUUGUAAAACCUUUCAUUUCAUAAAAUGUCAAAACUAUGAAUUAUUUAGUUAGUUUGAUUGACAGCUUUGGCCAUCGUAUGUAUUUUUGAUGACUGAAUUACCAAACAAAGGAAGGUAUUUUGACAGUGAGGUAUGAAUAAUUGAAAUUUCAUAUUGAUUUAAAUCUCCUGGCACUUAACCUAGAUAUGCAAUUUAUAAUUAAUGACAAACUUUCAUUUCUGGUCUGUGGAGCCGAGGGGAUUGUCUCCCAAUCGGGUUACGGCCAGUUGACACUCUGCGUAUCACCAGAACACGUACCGUUGGGCGCAAUGCUCUAAGCUGUUAUGUCUUGUCUAAGACUGUAGAUUGCUUGUUUUCAAUCGAAACACGCGAGCCUAAAGACUAAGUGUUAUUGUCUAGUGGACACGUGAUCCGUAAGCAAAGUGAAUAAUAGCUGUUAUAAGCACGUGGAUUUAGUGUCGAUGAAUCUCGUAGCUAUAUAGUGGUUUGUUGUACUCAAGGAUUCACUUUAUUACGAAAAGGUCUUCGGAGGAAAUUUCCGUAGAUAACUGAACGUCCUACCCGUUUUGAAGUCGACUCGUGAUCUCGUCAAGAGCAGGAGGAUUGAGGAAAGGGGACGAUUUCCACUCGUGGCUGGCACUGCAGUAGUGGCUUAUCUUUACCAGGAUGGGGGACCGAACGAGAGGUAGCCCUUCUGCACAGUUCUCUCUGAGUAAUUCUACCACAAACAACGGGAAACGGCCGGCGUCGAAUCAAGCGGUCGCCAUGGAAGACUUGUUUAACUAUUUGUAUGGCUACACUCCUCUGCGUCUAGUUGACCCGAAAGAGUUGCAGCGAGAGCGACUCAAGAAAGUUCAGGUGGAGAAGGACACAAGUGGCACCGUGACAUAUUGUGAGGUUUGUAACGAGAAGCACGAAGGCGAAUGUCCGAUGCACGGACCCUUGCACUCACUGCGCAAGCUCGUAACCGCUGGCCAGUCAAGCAGCCCGCUCGAGAACGGCUCAGUGCUGAAAUUCCCGGAUGAAGUGUGUCUGUGUACAUCCAGUAUUCCUUGCGUGCGUUACGGGGUGUGCGCGCGCAAGCGUAUCCCGGCCGGGACCUGGAUCGGGCCGUAUGAAGGCAAACUGAUGCGACCGGAGGAUAUUGGCAGUGACACGGAUACCGAGUACAUGUGGGAGGUUUUCCAUGAUGGCCAAGUGAGCCAUUACCUGGACGGUCGCGAGGAAGCAAACGCGAGCUGGAUGCGGUUUGUGCGGUGCGCACGACACAAGAAGGAGCAAAACAUGGUGGUAUUCCAGUACCACGGCUGCGUGUACUAUCGCACCGUCAGAGACAUCCUGGCAGGCCAGGAAUUACUGGUCUGGUAUGACGCUAGGUACUCGCAAUUCAUGGGGGUUCCUGUCGCGCUAAGUGACUCCGGCACUAGAGGUGUGCAUCCCCCAAGAGACUUGGUCGCUCAAAGAAACCGUGAAAGGCACGAUGCAGAUGAGCCCCCGGCCAAGCGGCAUCACCACACAGAUCAUGCUCCUGCGCAGCGAGGGCGACCGCCAUUACGGCGCGCGCAAGACGAAUCGCGCGCGAAAACCGAGUUGAAUAGCACCUCGCAGGCAGAGGAGAGAAAGGAGGACCGCAGGACCGUGGCAUAUCGCGGUAGAGCGGCUUAUAACGGGAAGUAUUCCGGGCGGACAUCACGCGACAUGGCGGAUGACUUCACAUGGCGGUGUAACUUGUGUUUCAAGGCAUUCGCGGUGCGGGAACAGCUUGAAGAGCAUCAGUGCAAUGGUAUGGGCAAAAAUCUGGUGUGUCAUCAUUGCAAUCAGACCUUCUCUCACCCGGUGGAGUUUAGAAACCACGUGGAGUCGCAUGCUAACGAGAGGCCGUUCCGGUGCGGUUUCUGCUCGAGUGCGUUCGCCAGUGCAGCGCUGCUCAAUCAACAUGUGCGGGUUCACUUAACGGACAGCAGACUCGUGAAAAUGGACUCAAGGCUUGAGAGGACAAUAGGCCACGACUUUCAAUUCUAAUACGAGCAUCAGUUCAUUAUGAUUAUUAUGGACCUGUUUCCUGAAAAAAGGUGGACUACUUUCAAUUCUAAUGUGGGGAACAGUUCAUUAUGAUAAUUAUGAAUCUGCUCCCUGAAGAAAGGGCUUGACGACUUUCAAUUAUGAUCAGUUCAUUGUGACUUAGACCUGCUUCCUGAAGAAAAGAGUUUGACGGCUUUCAAAUGAUACUUGGAUCAGCUCCUUUUGAUUAUUAUGGAACUUCUCCCUGAAGAAAGGGUUUGACGUAUUUCAAUAAUGAUACGACGAUCAGUUCAUUGUGACUUGGACCUGCUUACUGAAGAAAAGAGUUUGACUGCUUUCAAAUGAUACUAGGAUCAGCUCUUUUUGAUUAUUAAGGAACUAAUUCCUGAAGAAGGGCUCAAUACCGCACAUACACAACUUACAGUCCUUUAAGGAUGGUGUAAAAAUGUUUGAAAUUUUGGAAAAAUGUAAUUGUGUUCAUUACGAAGUAAUACGCCACAUAAUAGACUGUGCAUUACAAACAAACAAAGACAAGGUCAUUGUAAUUUCUGACAUGUAUUUAAGUUACCGCGUGUCACACACCUUCAUGUCACGCAAUGAAGGUGUGUCAAUCACGCGCCGAUCAUUUUAUGAUAGAUGAAUUCAACUUCCGCUCAUUGCGCUUGUUCGCAAAAUUGCACGGAGCGUGAGCAAGGACACGGGGAAGGGCUCGCAUUCAGAUAGCGUUUUGUACUUUUUAUUUAGAAAAGGAAUAUCGCAAAUUUGUCGUAAUUUUAUCGUUUCUUUGCUGCUGGUUUUAGAUAUUCAUAUUUAUCUUGUCCUUGUGGACUCGAUCCAGUCCCCUCAACUUCUACCUUUGACGCCCAAGUAACGGGGACCUGGGUUCUUCAUUUGUAAAUAAAAUUUGUACUGUGUGCAUUAAUAAAACCUUUUAUGUAAUA